AUGGACUGCUGGCGUUGGCAGCGCAGCAAACGUCACGACGACCGGGAGCCGCUGGAAGAGGUUGACCCGAUCCAGGCCCUCCUGGAGCUGGAGGAGGACUCGUAUUUCCACGGGCGUCUGGACCGCAAGUCUGCGGAGCCGCUGCUGCGGCGGGACGGAGACUUCCUGGUGCGGGAGACGCUCUUACUGGGUGUCUGGCAGCUGGCGCUGUCCGUGCGCUGGAGGGGCCAGCACCGCCACUUCGUCAUCCAGACGACUCCAGAGGGCUGGUUGUCCACCGGCGGCCGGAGCUUCCGCACUGUGCAGGACCUGGUGUCAUACCACUUGAAGUUGUCGGUGCCGCUGGACGACCAGUGGGGCGCCGUGCUGAGGAGGCCCGUGUCUGCGUGGCUGCUCAGCAAGGCGGACCUCGACAUCGGGCACACCCUUGGCAAGGGUCAGUUCGGUGAAGUGCGCCUGGCCGUGCUGCGCAACACCGGUAAGCAGGUGGCGGUGAAGAAGUGCCUGAGGGACGGCGAUGUGACGCUGGGGCAGCAGAGGGCGCUGCUGGAGGAAGGCCGGCUGAUGCGCAGGUACCAGCACCCCAAUGUGGUGCGCUUCAUUGGCUUCUGCCUGGACGCCCGCUCCCCCAUGGUCAUCUUGGAGUAUGUGAAAGAUGGACAGCUCCGUCAGUACCUUCGCAAGAAUGGCAGGUCGCUGCUUCCUCACCAGCUGGUCGCCAUGUGCCGUGACGUGGCACACGGUAUGUGCUACCUCGAGUCCAUGAACUGCGUGCACAGGGACCUCGCUGCCAGGAACUGCCUCAAAGGUGACGUAGUGAAGAUAUCCGAUUUUGGAUUGUCACGCGAGGUGGAGCAGUAUUACCGGAGCGUCAACCAGAUGAACCUGCCACUAAAGUGGAUGGCGCCAGAAUCAGUGUACGAAGCCAAGUACUCAUCGAAGAGCGAUGUAUGGAGUUAUGGCGUGCUCAUGUGGGAGAUAUUCUCGAGAGGUGGUGAGCCAUAUUCGAAUAUGAAAGGCCGGGAAGCUGUCCACCUGGUGAGUAACGGAUACCGGAUGCAGCCUCCACCCGACAUGCCCCCCUCUCUCGCCGGCCUGAUGGCGGAGUGCUGGAAAACGGACCCACAUCGGAGGCCUAACUUCCAGAGUAUUGCCGAGUUCCUCGAGAGCGAGCUGGCCCACUACUAG